UGUACUGUUUCAGUGCCCCAAGUGAUGUGUUUGUCAGAGAGCCUAGAAUUUCUGGCAGUGCCCGUUGUUAUUACUGUAUGCGCAACAGUACAGCUAUAAACAGAAAAAAACAGAAAAGUUGUUAUUUUGCUAUCAUCCCUUCCCCUCUCAGACUUGCUAAACUAGUUCCAGUGAACUAUAUUUUAUCUGUGGGAGUUUGUUCUGGCUGUCAUGAUUUGCAGUUAGCAAUUAUUGCGCUGCAACUGCCUUCAAACGUGAGUCAGAAAUGAAGAAUUUACGACAGGAACAAAACAUGUUUAUACUUGGAGAACAUCAGACAAGUUUGAGUAGGAAUUGAUAUAUCUUUAGUUAAAAUGCACACACAUAACACAUGAGUUUUUUGACUUGUUUAUGUUAAAUGAAUUAUGUAACUUGUGUAACUGGUACAAAAAAUACACUUUAAAAUUAAAGCUCCAUGCCUUUUGGUGCCUCUUGGCACAAACGUAUUGCCUAACAGGUCAGACCUGCUUACCUUUGACAUGUCCUUUUAGUGAUGGCAGCUCAAAACAUCCGACUGCACCCUUUUUAUCAGUCAGGGAUAAAAUUACAACCUUCUUGUACUGACUGUUUUCUUACAGGAUAGUAAACAUUAUUCAGUUUGAGACUCCAUCCAAAUAGUGAGAAACAUAGCUUGGUAUGAAAAUAACUAAUAAAUUCCUUUUGAAAUAUUCUACUUUUUCCAGCGUUGGUUCAAAUGAGGUCAGAGAUGUCUUGUGCAAGCUUAAGUAGAGCAGGAACAUCAUUUAGCUACAGACAGUUUAAUACUGAAAAAUGUUUUAUAAUGAAUUCUCAGAUUUUUAGGGAAAGUUGUCAGAACCAGAAACUACCUGAGUAAGGACACAAAGGUUUACAGCAUCUCUCGUGGUGCCAAAAGUAGCUUUAAAUUGGCACAGAAGUGAAUUGUACAUUGUAAAAAGACGUUUUUAGGUAACAUUUUGAUUACAAAAGUACCUUUGUUCUUCAUCUUUAUAGUUCUUCUCAAACACAAACAUUGUUGGAUCACUGAAAUAAGGCCAGGAUGCUGUGGCUCAGACCCUGACACUAUCUGAAUACAUUUAUUAUAAUACUGUCUGCCAGUAUAAAGCCGGCAGUGACAAACCAGUUUGUUUGUAGAUACAAAUAUAACAUAUAUAACAUUGGCUGAGCAGGUUCAAAGAGUGGUGGUGGGUUUUGGUAAUCUGGGGGGAAUCUCAUUUGUAUCACUUCUCAUUUUGACUAUGUUGUGUAUAGAUUUUUAGAAUCAAUUACAUUUCUUAACUGCUGUAAACUGUUAAUUUUAGAACACACUUCGAGAAUUUGCUGUUCAUUGUUAGGGAACGAAAUGUCACAGACCACAGCUUUUUAUAGCUUGCUUUGUCUACAUUGAUUGUUGUUUUGCACAUUGUUUUGUAUAUUUGCACUGUUACACAAAUAUACCGCUACUGUUGAUUAAUUACUGUUUGCUGCUUGUAAUUUUGGAACCAGUUCCAAUUAUUUCUCACAUACAGUAAAUCAGGAGUCAGGAUUUAACUAAAUAUGAAAAGCAAAAUAUAGCUCACGGAAAUAUUACAAAUGGACAGAGCUGGUCAACCAAACUUAAUACAAAUUAAGAUAAAGGCAGGAAAGUUUGUCAGACAUUUGAACUAAACACACUAUAGAAAAACAGAGUGAAAAUGUUCCGAGUUGCUAUCUGUUUGAUUUGGUGAGAUAAAAAAGAGAAAGUUAGAAAAAAACAGACUUCUUUUGGUUGCUACAGUUACUGACAUAUGGACAAACAAAAAGCUUCUGUAGUGCUGAUAAUGUUAAACAAAAAGAAUAACUAUUAUCAGCACUGUGUGACAACAGCAAACAAAAGGAACGAUUUUAAUGCAAGCCACAGGUGGAGACAGUCAGUCCAGGUAAAACAACAAUGUCACCUCUUUAAGAAGACAAUCGGCACCAAAUGUUUGCUAUCAGUGGCUUUGUUCUUCUCAGACUCAGAUAUGGGUUUGAUGAACUGGUUGUCGGAACAGCAUCAGUUUUUAAUGCACCAAUGUUUUUCGCUUCCAUUUGCAUUUUUGUUUUAUUUUCUUGCUAAAUGGGGUUAUCUGUCCUUGACAUACAGGUACCUGUUUGUUGCUGUUGGAGGAUGUGUCCUGGCAGUUGUCACAAUGGGCAUCUACAGCACGCUUCUGUUCACCUCCACCUUUGUCUUUAUUCUGCUCGUGUGCUCUGUGGAUCCCAGAAGUAUCCAUGUCUGGGUGUUUGGUAUCCAGAUGUUGUGGCAAACCUUCUGGCACCUGCUUAUACAGUACAGGGAAUACUACCUGCAUGAGUCCAUCAGCAUCAGAUUGUUUUUGGCAGUGUCGUCUUUGAUGCUGCUCACUCAGAGAAUCACCUCAGUGUCCAUGGACCUCCACGAGAAACGAGUUAUGCUACCACUGAAUGCUUCAUCCAAAAGGGAGGCUUGUGUGACGCUUCUUCCUCUUAUCAGCUACAUCCUCAAUUUCACUACACUGCUCGGUGGCCCUUUGUGCCCCUUCAGCCGAUUCGUGUCUCUAAUGGCGGGAAUCGGCCUCAACCCUCCACCUAACCCACUGUGGGUGGUCUUCCUAAAGCUGAUGCAGGUGUUAUUGCUGGAGUGGGUAAGGUAUUGUCUUGUCUAUUUUCUGAAACACACCAACAUCAUUCUCUAUGGCGUCCAGUGGGUUUGGGGUCUGGCGGUGGUUUUGAGGAUCCAAUAUUAUUCUCACUGGAGGAUCAGUGAAUGCCUCAAUAACGCAGCUGGGUUUGGCUUUUGGGAAAAUUCAUCAGGAGACUCCUCAGACUGGACUAGACUAUCCGACGGAGAUUUCUGGACCAUCGAGGCCUCGAGCCGCAUGUCAGAGUUUGCCCGUCGAUGGAACGCCACAACAGCUUCAUGGCUGCGUAGACUGGUUUAUAUCAAGUGCAAACGUUUCCCGUUGUUCAUGACUUUUAGUUUUUCACUGUGGUGGCAUGGUUUGCAUUUAGGUCACUUUGUGGGAAUGCUGACCUGGGCAGCAACAGUGAAAGCAGAUUAUCAUAUACACAGGCACUUGUGCCCCAAACUUUCACCAACAUGGAGGAAAAUAUACACUUGUUUAAGCUGGAUAAACACUCAAAUGAUUGUUACUUGUAUUGUUAUAGCAGUAGAAUUAAGAAAUAUGUCUGGUUUGAGACUUUUGUCUAUAACAUACAUAGGUCUGUUUCCUCUUUUUAACAUAAUCCUGCUCUUUAUCUUAUUAAAACUCAACACAGUUUACUAAUGUAGUCAUGUGAACACACUCCCAUACCUACGUAUUUGUGAUAUAAAUGGUCCACUCCAAUAUGACAGGCUUGUUCUUUCAUUAAAAUAUAUGAAUGGACUUGUUACUCUAAACAUGGAGAGUCUGAAAUUGUCUAACUUUAUUGUAUUUUUGUAUUUCUUUUCUUUGUCAUUGGUGUUGUUUGUACUGUUAAUGGUGUUUUGUUGAAUUGGGAAAAAUUAAUAAAUUAAAAAUGAAUAAAGUUAAAAAAAAAAGCAGCAUUAUUCAACACAGCAACGGAUAAUUUUGUUAAAAUGAUCCCUUGUCUUGAGUAAUCUUAGAAGAGGAUUUAACUGGAAUUCAUUCUUUAUUUCUAUGUUUCAGCCACUGCUAAUGCUAAAUGAACUGGACUUCAGGGGUAAAAGCAACAAUAUCUCAAAUUUGGGGCAGGGUUGUUCUCCGCUAGCAUAAACUGAAGAUCACUUUUGUAAUUUAAACCUGCAUUAAGUGACAUUUUUGAUAUUAGCAUUGAAAUAAAUGACACCAUGUCAUGUGAGAGGGCAGCUCAUAGCAGCAAACAUAGAAACUGCCCCGAACUGUGCAGGCCUGUGCAGCUUUUAGCCUCUUUCAUUACAUUGUUUUGAUUGUGCACAGAUGAUUUUAUCUUUUAUGGAACUGCAGGACAGAGUCCAGAACAAACUUCCCUACGGGGACAUCAAAGUAUAUCUUAUCUUAUCUUAUAAGUAAACCAGUGACUCAUGAAGAAAGUUAAGACCCAGAUAUCUCUGGUGGCCAUUGUUUUGGCAUCUUUCUGCUCCCUAGUGGUAAAAAUUGCUUGAUGCAGCUU